AUGGCGUACAACGCAGCCUCCGCGACUCUGCCCGAGGCCAUCACCACCAACGAGCCAAACAAGAUGUACUGCAACCUGUCCCACGUCGACAUGCAGACUGGCCAGAAGAAGAUCUGUUGGGACAUCCCGACCAAGAACAAGAUUGUUCAGUUCUGCGCUGCCCACGACGUCUCUCACCAUUGCCUCCCUGCUCCGAUGACCAUGAUGAAGUUGCUCCAGUACAUUGGAUGGGACACCAAGGUCAGUACAAUACGUGGAAGAUGACUUACUCGAGAUCAUUCAGCUAAUGUGUUUGUUUAUCUCCAGGACGAGGAUGCUCUCUUCAACGCCACCACCAAAGUCUGCACCUUCAUCAUCGGCAACGUCACUCCAGUCAAGAUGGCCGGCGUUUUGGCAGAGCAGUCUCUCACCGGCGCGAGAAUGUCCGCCUGGAAGAAUCGCUGGUCUGCCUUCUCCAAGACGUGGAUGCACGAUCAGUAUGAUGUUUACGGGAGUGGCAUGUCUCCAGAGGUCUGUCUGCGAUCCCGUCUCACGAAACUACCUUGGCUAACCGUAAUCCAAGGGCGUCGACAACACCAUGACCGAGUGGAAGUCGGGCGAAUGGCGCUCCAAGGAUGUCUGCGUCAACCAGACUGUCGCCUGGAAGAAGGCCAACCCGAACGUCAACCUGCUGGAGCUGACUGGCGCCAAUCCAGCCGUCGUGACUUCUACCACGUCCACUCCCGGCAUUCAGUCCUCCGGUGUGUCCUCUUCUGGUGCUUCUCCGGGCAACCAGCCUUCUGGAAUGCCUUCCGCCGCUGCUACCUCAUCUGCAGCUUCUGCCAAUCUGAAUCGCCUGGUCGAAGUCGAGAAGAUUGUCGAGGUUCCAGUCCAGUCCUCCUUCCACCGGCGCAUCGUCGAUCAGAUGCUCGAAGCCAACCCGGAUUGGACUGCAGCGAGAAUGGACGAGUGGAUCAACACUCCAGAGGGUGUCGACUCCUUGCAUAACAUCUUCCGGAACGGCCUCGAGCAGGACAACGACGCCGAUGCGAACAGCAACGUCCGCAUGAACGACCUUCAGGACCGUCUCCGCACCGGCGAGCAAUCUUUCAACAUCCAGCUAAAGGACACGAAGCUCCAGUAUGAGAAUGACAUCCGCGUUCUUCGCGAGCAGUUGCACAAGGCCACUAACAACUCCGACCGUCUUCAGCAGGAGGUCCUCGUGGCGUCCAGCCGCUCCAACGAUCAGCACAGCGGACAGAUUCUCCGUCUUGGCGAUGAGAUUCGUAUCAAGAGUUCCGAGAUUGCUCGUCUCCAGCAGGCAGUUGAGGAUGCGAAGAACAAUACCAACCACCAGUAUGAGGAUCAGAUCCGUGCCAAGAACUCUGAGAUUGUUCGUCUCGAGCAGGCAGUCAACGAUGCCAGGAACAGCACCAACUACCAGUAUGAGGACGAGAUUCGCCGUCUCAAAGACCAGCUCCAGGACAAGGACAACAUCAUCCUCCGAGCCACUCAGGAAGACGUCACUGAACAGGGCAAGAUCCAGAACCAGCUCCAGCAAGCGCAGAUCCAACUCGACGAGCAGACCAAGGCAUAUGGUGCCUUGCACGACUACACGGAGGCGGCCUGCAGCAAGAACAAGGAGUUGCAGAAGCAAGUCGACGAGCUCAAAGAGAAGUUGGCCGCUACUCGUGGUAUCUAUGACGGACCUUCCUUUACGCCCGGAAACUUUCCCAACAUCAUCUCCCACGGCAAUGGAGGUUCCACCGGCUUGGGCUUCAAUGGCUACAAUGGCUACGGCUACGAGCGCCAGGGUACCGUCGAGAUCCCAAGCCCAUCUCCUUCCGCUUCUACCGUUCGCGAGCCCUCGUUCCCGCAGCAGCAGCAGCAGCAGCAGCCUCCGUAUCCCCAGCCGCCAAUUCCAGGACCAGGCAAGAGCGUCAAGUUCCAAUCCAGCAUCCUCCGCGGUCCUUCGCCCGGCUAUGGUGGUGGUGGUGUCGCUCGUGCCGUCGAUCCCAACCCGAACAACAUCCCCGGCUACUACAGCCUUGGAGGUGGCGCUGGCGCCGCGGGUCCUCGCAACACCAACAACAACAAUGAUGUUGAUGGCGGCCGCGGCGACGAGUCUUACUCUGCCGCUACUCCACGCUACCCGUCUCGCUCUUUCGCAUCCGGCAUCCCAUCAGGUCCACCACCACCACCACCAGCGGUCCCACGCUCUCAGUCACAGCAGCAGCAGCAGCAGCAGUCUGGCGCUUCUUCCGGCUUCACCAACUUUCUGAGUCGCUUCAGCAAGCACAACAACCACAACAACAACAAUGCUGCUCCUGCCGGUGAUAGCAUCAACACCAACACCAACACGAACGUGGGUACUGCUGCUUCUGCUCCUGCUUCUGCUCCCGGCACUACCACCACCCGCUCUCUCCUCGCGGACAUGGACGCCAUUGCUCGCGCGGCUGGUGCUCCUGUCUAA